AUGUCAUCAUUGGCUAGCAUUAUCUCCGACUUAUCCCCAGACCCAUGGAGAUUGAACGAUUUCACAGCCUAUCUUUCAAGAAAUCAUUGCCUGGAAAACCUACAAUUCGUCCAAGACGCGUCGAGAUACCGUGUUUGUUACGCAGAGAUAGUCGGGGGCAACCGAAUCCCCCGGGCAUCUUUACGGUGUCAUUACGAUUACCUCCAGGCCCUAUGGGAAGGUCUUCUGAGCACUUAUAUUGUUUCCCAUGGACAUCGCGAAGUCAACCUUCCAUCUGACGUCAAGAAGCGACUUCUCGGGUUCAGUUCCGAUUUUCUUCCACACCCAUCGGAACUAGACGAUGCCGUCGAUAUCGUCCAUCAGCUUAUGGAGGACUCGAUUCUACCAGGGUUCCUGAACUCUCAUAUGUCGUCAGAACAGCUGGGCGAGAGAGGGCGGGGUAAACGGAGGGGGACUAGCGGCAGAGAUCGGCGGAAGAUCUCAACGUCGACCCCAAAAUUGGACUACCGGAGAAAGUCGCCAGCGAACGAGGCCACUGGACUGCGGACUUCCGGUUUGCGAGGGGCCGGGGCAGAUGGAGAGAACGCUAUUUAUGCACGCCGCCACUCAAUAGGAGGUACCGAACCAUCACCUAGCCAUCAUUUGCUGCGGCGAACGAUAGAGGUUUUCGACCAUACUGUCCGCGGAGUAAGGGAUAUGAGAUGGUUGAAGCCGCGGAUAGAGAAGGACGGGGAAGCAGAUGUUGAGAUGAUUAGUGAUCAGUAUGGAAGCGCAAAGUCUUUGGAAUGAGCUCGCUGCUGAUGGUUUAACGGGGGGCUAUGAGUGGGCCCAAAUUAAUGACUCGAAAAUAAGCGUCAUGUGUUAACAUCUCCAAGCGCCUCAGCCCAAC